ACUAUUUGAUUUUAUUGAUUGUGUUUCCCGGGCGAACUUUACGGCGCAUGCUCGAAGAAAAUCGCUCGGAAAAUUCGUGACUGCGGCUGCUAAGGAUUGUGCACGGUUUAGAUCGUGUUUUGAUACCUAAGAGGUCAACAUGGGUAAGGAGAAGACUCAUAUUAACAUCGUGGUGAUCGGUCAUGUGGACUCUGGCAAGUCCACUACCACUGGUCAUCUCAUCUACAAAUGUGGUGGUAUCGACAAGCGGACUAUCGAAAAAUUCGAGAAGGAGGCGCAAGAAAUGGGCAAAGGCUCCUUUAAGUACGCUUGGGUAUUGGACAAAUUGAAGGCAGAGCGUGAACGCGGUAUCACCAUCGAUAUCGCCCUAUGGAAGUUCGAGACCGCCAAGUUCUACGUCACCAUCAUCGAUGCCCCCGGACAUCGCGAUUUCAUCAAGAACAUGAUUACCGGAACUUCCCAGGCGGACUGUGCAGUGCUGAUAGUAGCAGCUGGUACUGGAGAGUUUGAAGCGGGUAUCAGCAAGAAUGGCCAGACGCGCGAGCACGCGCUUCUUGCGUUCACGCUCGGCGUGAAACAGUUGAUUGUGGGCGUCAAUAAAAUGGACUCCACUGAACCGCCGUAUCACGAGGCGCGAUAUGAAGAAAUUAAAAAAGAGGUGUCUUCUUACAUCAAGAAAAUUGGCUACAAUCCGGCAACGGUGGCAUUCGUGCCAAUCUCUGGCUGGCACGGGGACAAUAUGCUGGAGCCUUCCGACAAAAUGCCCUGGUUCAAGGGCUGGACCAUUGACCGGAAGGAUGGCAAGGUCGAAGGGAAGACGCUUAUCGAGGCGCUGGACGCAAUUCAGCCACCGUCGCGUCCCACGGAGAAGCCGUUGCGGCUGCCAUUGCAAGACGUGUACAAGAUCGGCGGCAUUGGGACCGUGCCCGUCGGCCGCGUCGAGACCGGGAUACUGAAGCCUGGUAUGGUGGUGGUAUUUGCUCCGGCGGCCAUCACCACUGAGGUGAAAUCGGUGGAGAUGCAUCACGAGGCGCUGCAAGAGGCCAUGCCCGGGGACAAUGUUGGCUUCAACGUCAAGAACGUUUCCGUAAAGGAGCUGCGUCGUGGGUAUGUGGCUGGUGAUUCGAAGAACGCACCACCCAAAGGCGCUUCGGACUUCACCGCUCAGGUGAUCGUACUGAACCACCCGGGCCAAAUCAGUAACGGGUACACACCGGUGCUGGACUGCCACACCGCUCAUAUCGCCUGCAAGUUCGCCGAGAUCAAGGAGAAGUGCGACCGCCGUACCGGUAAAACAACGGAAGUGGACCCGAAGUCGAUAAAGUCUGGCGACGCGGCGAUUGUGAUGCUGGUGCCGACGAAGGCGCUGUGCGUAGAGUCGUUCCAGGAGUUCCCGCCACUCGGCCGCUUCGCCGUGCGGGAUAUGCGCCAGACCGUCGCUGUCGGCGUCAUCAAGAGCGUUACAUUCAAAGAAGUAACUACGGGUAAAAUUACCAAGGCCGCUGAGAAGGCCCAAAAGAAGAAAUAACUAUGGGGCACAUUGAACAAAGUUUUGCAGUCGAUAACCAUCAUUUGCUCAGUUGCAAAGUCUCUCCAACUGUCCCACUUCCCCGCAUCACCUUUCCCCUAUUUCCCUCAAACUCCUCAUCCACGCGUAGAUUUCCCUUGCUUUACGAACGUCACAGAGGGAACUGUGGUACAGCCGAGGCGACGGGCAGACGAUGGUUGGCAUGCAUCAAACAUUACAAAAUGUUACCCAUUGUCGCUGUUGAGUCGUAGCCGUGUAACACCUCCCCUAGCCCCCCACAAUCGGAGCUUCUUCACUGGUAACAUCACGCUCAUCCCAAACGUUAUAUUAUGCAUUUAUUAUAGCACGAUAUUCUUAAAGUUAGUUCGUUUUAGUUACGCUUACGUGUUAAGUUUAUGUAUUUGUGAUUAUUUUAGUGGUAAGUUACUUGACAAGUUUGAGUUUCCAUAUUUAAAAGCUCGUUACGUUUUAUUUUUCCAUCGCAAGGAAUUUAGGAGGAAAAAUAAUAAAUUCACUGUUGAAUAUGUCAACGUUUGCGAUGCACACGACUUACUCAAUGUUACUCUGUACAAAUUUGAUUUAGAUAUUGUAAUCGUAAUAUAUGUCUUGUCCAAUUGUUUAUCUCUCUUAAUUCGUUUUCAUAAUAGGUACAGUAAAAUAAUCCAUAAUAUUUGUUACACAAUUUCGAAUGUUAGAUCUGUAAUAUUUCCUAAUAUUAUGUUUCCUAUAACUUGACUGUGACUGAUAUAAAUUGACAUUUUCUAACUACUGAUGUUCACCGGUUAUUAAAGGAAACUAAGAAUAAUUGUGUUAAAGAUCUUUUCAAUUAAUAUUUCAGUAUUUAUAUGUGGUCAAAGUUAUUAUAAUAAGGAAAACAUCAGAGUGUAGAAAAUGAGGGUAGUUGGUUGUAAACUAACGCCUUGUAGUUGAAUUAGCAGUAUGACUAAAGCGUUUAAAACGUUUUGAUAGAAAUUUGAACUUUAUAUGACGUAGAUAGCGUAUUUCUGUUGCUAUGUAUUAUUUACGAUGGAAUUAUGUUAGUCAGUUGUAUUUAUUAUAACCGCAUAUAAAAGAGUUAUUUUGAAUAAAAUGUAACUAUGAUACUUAUAUUAUUGCUUUAAAUUAUAUAAAGUACUGGAAAGAAACUCAAUACUCAUUUUAAGCUAAAGGUAAUUGUAAUUUUUUCAAUAAUUUUGUAAAGACCUUAUCCUGAUAAAACCAAUAAAGAAGCUACUGGUA